UUCUUUACGAUUCCUCAAAAACCUUUCUUUUGGGGCCUUCAGGUGGAAGAGUUAAAAGAGCCUUCGGAUAAAAAUAAGCAAAUUAUGAGCUUUGCCCAACUGGGUUUGAUGAACAUUCGUCAAUCCCUUUUGGGUUAAGACAAAAGUCAAAUAAAGUUGGAGUUUUUACACUUGGGUUUUCAAUAUUUUGACUUUGAAAUUGCGUACAGUUCAUGUCCUCCUCCAUUCUUUGUUUAUUUCUUCUCCUGUUUAUAUUUUGUUGGGAAUUUCCUUUCAACACAUGAAUAAUCCUGUAUCUAAGUGAUAUUGAAUUUUCUUCUUCCAAUUUUCCUUGAGAUCUUUCCUGCCUCUGCCAUAUUCUGCUCUGAAUUUAAAGAGUAAAGGAUUGCUUUUCUUUUCCUUCUCGAAUUGAUUAUUUAUUUACCCAAGAAAGAAAGAGAGAAGGGAAAAGGGUGUGAAUGGAGUUUAUAUAUGUAAAUUUUUCUGAUGACCUGUAAAAGAAUGUUGCUUUUGAUCGAGUUGGGAUCUUAUCUGAUCUGGGUCUGCUCUGCUAGCUUUCACCAUUCUUGGAGUCCCUUGAUUUUUUAGAGUAAAAAACUUAAUUGACUAUGAGCAGAUGACAUUAAACGUUAUGGGUUGGCUUAGCAAGAUUUUUAAAGGCUCCAGCCACAAGUUAUCGGAAGAGCAUUGUCAUGAGAAUUAUGGAGAGGAUCCAAAUAACUGUGGACCUUCUUGUUCCGGGGAGGUCUGGUCAGAAAACGAGAAUGACGAUAUAGACCGUGCUAUUGCACUAUCUCUUUUAGAAGAAAAUCAAAAAGGAAAAAUUGUGGUUGGUUUUGAUUCUCAGUUGGAAGAAGAUGAACAACUUGCCAGAGCCCUACAAGAAAGUCUGAAUGUGGAGUCUCCUCCCCAACAUGGAAAUGGAAAUACAUAUCAACCUAGCACUCCUCCCCAAUAUGGAAAUGGAAAUACAUAUCAACCUAUCACUCCUCCCCAAUAUGGAAAUGGAAAUACAUAUCAACCUAUCCCUCCUCCCAGAUAUGGAAAUGGAAAUACAUAUCAACCUAUCCCCAUGUACUACCCAAUGGGAUCCAGGAUUUGUGCUGGUUGCAAUGCUGAGAUUGGUUUUGGACGAUAUUUGAAUUGCCUGAAUGCAGUUUGGCAUCCAGAAUGUUUCCGCUGUCGUGCAUGCAACCUACCAAUUUCUGAUUAUGAGUUUUCUACAUCUGGGCAUUACCCUUACCAUAAAUCUUGCUAUAAGGAGAGCUACCAUCCAAAAUGUGAUGUUUGCAAGCACUUUAUUCCAACCAACACUGCUGGUCUUAUUGAAUAUAGGGCACAUCCAUUUUGGGUCCAGAAAUACUGCCCUUCUCAUGAACACGAUACUACUCCUCGGUGCUGCAGCUGUGAGCGAAUGGAGCCACAGGACACAAAAUAUGUGCCCCUUAAUGAUGGUCGGAAACUCUGUCUAGAGUGUCUGGACUCUGCAAUCAUGGAUACCAGUGAAUGCCAACCCCUGUAUCUUGAUAUACAGGAAUUUUAUGAAGGUUUAAAUAUGAAAUUGGAGCAGCAAGUUCCGUUACUCUUGGUUGAAAGACAAGCGUUAAAUGAAGCAAGAGAAGGAGAAAGAAAUGGCCAUUAUCACAUGCCUGAGACCAGAGGCCUUUGCCUUUCUGAAGAACAGACUAUUAGCACGAUUUCAAAGCGGCCACGGUUUGGGGGAGGAAACCAUGCCAUGGAAAUGGUAACAGAGCCAUACAAGCUAACUCGUCGCUGUGAGGUGACUGCAAUUCUAAUCUUGUAUGGGCUUCCAAGGUUGCUGACUGGGUCUAUUCUAGCACAUGAGAUGAUGCAUGCAUGGCUGCGGCUUAAAGGUUACCGACCUCUUAGUCAAGCUGUUGAAGAGGGUAUCUGUCAGGUUCUAGCUUACAUGUGGCUAGAGGCCGAGCUUAUAUCUGGCUCAGGCAGCAAUGUGGCAUCAACCUCGUCUUCCUCCGCUUCCUCGGCAUCGAAGAAGGGUACAAGAUCUCAGUUUGAGAUGAAGCUCGGUGGGUUCUUUAAACACCAGGUCGAAUCAGACAUGUCCCCAGUAUAUGGAGAUGGAUUCCGGGCUGGUCAACAGGCAGUGCAGAAAUAUGGGCUUCGAAGUACCUUAGACCAUAUUAAAAUGACCGGGACGUUUCCUUAUUGAGGACUGAAUCCUUGAAUUUUUUUUGGAGGCCCGUCUCUUUCACAUAAUUACAACUUUGCCUUUCAUAUUAGAACCCAAGGCCAAAGUGCAUAGGUAUUGACUACAUAGUAUUAGCUGAUUUUUGUGAUUGUGGCUGUAAUGCCAUGAAUCAAUUUAAUGAUUUGAUUUAUAA